GAAACUCUAUUGAACCUACUUUUAUAUGCGAAGAAACCAAAGAAAAAUCCAUGGCUACACUUCCAUAUGAUAUAAUUAUGAGAGAAAUACUCCCUAAACUCCCUGCAGAAUCCCUGCUUCUUUUCAAAAGUGUUUCGAAAUCGUUCAAAACAGUAAUUUCAUCUCUGGAAUUCAUCAACCUUCAUCUCCAACAUGGUCUGUCCAACACCUCAAAUCGGUUUCUCAUCCACGUACAUAAACAUGGUGCAGGAGACUUUAUUUGCGUGAACAUGGACUCAAUAAAAUCACCUUUAUAUUCUACUUUUGACUCGAUUCACCUUUAUUAUUGUUAUCUUGGCCGUACACCAGUUAUCACAGUUGGUUCUUGUAACGGAUUGCUUUGCAUGUCUAAUGCAUUGUUGCCCAUUUUUAUGGUGCUCAACCCGUGCACCGGCAUGUCUCUUAAUAUCCCAUAUCCUAUAAGAUACACUUUUUUUAUGCGUAUUGGUUCUUUCUAUUCUGGGUUUGGGUUUGAUUCUAUUGAUAAUGAUUAUAAGAUUGUACUUGUUUUGGAUUAUCAUUAUGCACAAGAAGAAGGAGGGUUUAUGAUAAAUAGGGAUGUUUUGGUUUAUAGCUUGAAGAAUAAUGCUAGCAAGUCUUGGAGACUUGUUCAUAGUAUAUCAUCCCCUAAAGAAUCAAUGAUAAUGAUAGACCAUCGUACGCAACACCAUUACAGAAAAGGGGUUCUUAUAAAUAAUCAUCUACUUCAUUGGAAUUUUAAUCAUUCUCCUAAUGAGUAUCGAAUUGCUUGUUUCGAUCUCGAAUCCGAAAACUGGGUGAAAGACGUACCAUUACCGGAGUAUUAUCGUGAAACAAUGAAGAAGAAAAGAAUCAAGGAUUAUCUUCAUUCAUUAAGAGAGAAAGGAAUACAGAAUGUGUUUAGUGUGUUUUUACAGAAAGAAAACUCAAUCAACUGCUAUGAUUUGUGGGUGAUGAAGGAAUACGGUGUUAAAGAAUCUUGGGUGAAACUCUUUCAAAUUUUGGAUCCGUAUGUUAGUGAUAUGGAUUGGAAGCUUUACUUUUUAGGUUACCAUGGAAGUGGAAAAAAUGACAUUUUAGUCAUGAGAGUUAAUAAUAUAUGUGAUACUACUCAUUUAUUAUCUUAUAAUGUUCAGGAUAAAAGCUUAACAAUACUUGAUCAAAGUGAUGAAGUUCGUUAUUUACUCGAUGUUUUUUCAUACCCUGGAAGCUUAGUUGAACUCCCUGGUGGUCAGAGAAUUGGGAACUAA